AGAGAGUAUGAGUGAGUGAUUGCGAGAGAAGUGUGAGUGAGAGAGAAGGCGUAAAUACAUUGAAGAAAAGCAAGAAAGAGAGAAUGUGUGUAUGUAAGGAGAUAAAAGGCAUGAAAAGAAGAGAAAAGGAAAAAAAGAUGUGAGCAAGUUUAAAGUGAUUGAGAGAGGGGAAAGAAGUUACAUAUUAAAACCUAAACCAACAGAGGAGAUAGAUAUAUAGAAAGGCUAUACGAGAGAGAGAGAGAGUGAAUAUAGUGUCAUAGAGUAGGAGAGAGAGAGUGAGAGUGAAUAUAGUGUCAUAGAGUAGGAGAGAGAGAGAGAAAGAAAGAGUAGUAAGGUAGAAGAGUUGGAAGAGAGUGCGCGGACAAGGAUAAUGUGAUAGACAGAAAGAGGGUCAGACGGAGAGAUCAAGAGUCAUUUAUCUAUCUAUCUAUCUAUCUAUCUAUCUAGGUAAUUAAAAAGGGAGCGAGCGAGAGAGAUGGUAUAGAAGCCACUGCAACAAUUCGUAAGUGUAAUUAUUAUGACUAUGAUGAUAUCUCUAUCGUUUCAAAACCGCGGAUCUCCCAGCUGUACCGUUUCAGACGUACCAUAAACACAUGGUUGACCUUAAAUCGCAGCUGUCCAAGCGUAAUCUCCGCCACUCGUGUUUCCUCCUGUGAUGAUGGAUACCAACAACCACUCGCUUCUCAAAUCACAUUCACCACCACCACCACCUUCUUCUCUUCUUCCUGCCCACUCGGCGGUGACAGUCGCCUCCACAGCGUCUUACAGUUGUUGCAGUGUUGGAGUCUGUGACAUUGGCAGCACCAAGUCUGCUUCUCCUCAUCCGACGACACAAGCAGACGGCGACAAUGCUGCCGUGUCCUUAGCCAGAGCAAACAACCUCUCUUGUACCUGCAUUCAUUCGUCUCAUACGAACUUAGAAGGUCAACAUAAUAAGGCUGAAUCUGUAACUAGCCCGAGGCCUUCACCAUCGGCCACUGACACAGAAACCUCGCACCACCAGUAUCAUUGCCAACAACAACAACAACAACAGCAGCAGCAGCAGCAACUCGAUCACAAUCAACACCAUUGUUGCCAUCAUCAGUCUUAUAGCCCUCAUCCUCCAGCUUCUCCAAUGUCUCAUGGUUUAAUCUGUCCGUCUCAAGGACCAUUCUACUUCAACGUGCCCAACCCUGUAACUACAACUACCGUAACUACCUCGGCCACAGCUACUGCUCUUCCAGUAACUAAACAAACCUCAAGUAAUGAAGAAAGCCAACACGAUGAAGUGUUCUUAAACGGCGUCGUACCGCCUCCAACCAGCGACCCUGCACCCUCCUCUCUUAAUCCUCCAUUCCCCAACAGCGACCAAGUGGGCAGCGAUGUCUCGACAUCGUCCUAUAUAUCGCGAAAGGAUAGCGUCACAUCAAACGAAUCCUACGCUCAACUUUCAGACUGUUACCAUCAUUACUCGGUUAAUGGGGGUACAGCGCAGAUGGACGAGACUUCAAACAACUUCUCCUCGCGGAGUGCCCCGGCUCCCAACGACAGCAAUUUAUUACAACCGCCACCACCCACCUGUUCGUCUUGUAGCAACCAAGAGGUACCGUCUGAAGAAGAGUCCGAAAGUCUCCCCACUUUGCCGCGAAGGAGCAGCAUUAUCAAAAACAGCAGCCGCAAAUCACUGAGGAAGAAGACCGUGUCUUUUAGCAGUAUGCCAACCGAGAAAACCAUUACCACGGCCCAAGAUUGUCUGGCGUGCAUGCAAGAUGGAUCUGAAAUGGUAAAAGUUCGUUCUAACAGCCGACAGUAUUUUCGCAUGUACUCUCUCAGCAAAGAUAUGACUGAAAUACGAUGGCAGCCUACCUCCAAGAAACCAAACAAAGCUAGAAUUUCCAUCAGCUGUAUGAAGGAAGUGAGACUUGGAAUGACUACUGAAGCAUUACGAAACCGAGAAAUAAUGGAAUUUUACCCUGAAGAAUGUGCUUUUUCUAUUAUAUUUGGAGAUAACUUUGAAACGAUGGAUCUCAUAGCUUCCACCCCUGAUGAAGCUAACAUCUGGGUAACUGGCCUCACCUGUUUAAUGAAUGCAAACACAAAUUUAAGGGGCUCACCUGAAGCCCUUGAUGAACUUCACCAAAUGAGAGAUUCAUGGCUGCAGGAAAUGUUUGAAUCAGCAGAUUCGGACAAAAGUGGAGUUAUCACAGAAAAUGCUGUCAUCCAGCUGAUGAAGAAGUUAAACUGCAACAUCCAUACAGAGAAAAUUCAACAAAAGCUCAAGGAAUUACAAAUGAACCGUGGUGAACGAAUGCGGGGACGUUUAAAUCGGGAAGAAUUCAUCAUGUUAUUUAAGGAAAUCUCCACAAGACCUGAAAUUUACUUCCUUCUUGUGAGGUAUGCAACAAAUUCUGAGUUUAUGUCACUCGAGGACUUACAAAUGUUUGUGGAAGCUGAGCAAGGGGAACCUAGAGUUACAAAAGAACGAUGUUGGGAAUUAAUAAACAAAUAUGAACCUUCCAGUGAAGGUCGAACCAAAGGCCACCUAGGUAUUGAUGGUUUUACAGCUUAUCUCUUGUCAGAUGAUUGUGAAAUCUUCAGCCCAGAACACAAAAAUAUUUGUCAAGAUAUGUCUCAACCCCUGUGUCACUAUUUCAUAGCUAGUUCUCAUAACACAUAUCUUAUGGAUGACCAGUUGAAGGGACCAGCAAGCAUAGAAGGUUAUAUCAAAGUUUUGAAGAAAGGAUGCAGAUGUGUUGAAUUGGACUGUUGGGAUGGACCGGAUGAUGAGCCCCUAGUUUACCAUGGACGAACCCUUUCUUCUAAGUUACCAUUUAAAAGUGUCAUUGAGACCAUCAACAAAUAUGGCUUUGAAUUAUCAAGCUAUCCUGUGAUAGUCUGCCUUGAGAACCAUUGUAGCUUAAAGCAGCAACAGAAAAUGUCUCAGUAUAUUACAUCAGUUUUUGGAGAUAGAUUAUAUGUGGAGCCUGUUGAUGUCAUCAGGCAGUGUUUACCCUCACCUGAAUUCUUCAAGGGACGUGUCCUUGUCAAGGCCAAGAAACUGGCACCCGAUUGCACUGCACUAGAUGGCUUUGUCACUGAUGAAGAUGAAGGUUCGGAGGUGGAGUGGAAAAAGACAAAUAAUAGGGAUGUAUCAACACGAAAGCAUAAAAUUACCAAAGAAAUAUCAGAUAUUGUCAACUACUGCGUAUCGACACGAUUUGAAGACUUUCAAAUAUCGCAACAGUCACAGAAAUAUUGGCAAAUCUGUUCCCUUAGUGAAUCUCAAGCAGUGAAGUUAGCUCUGCAGGAUCCAGAAGAAUUUGUGAAUCACAACAAACGCUUUCUAUCACGCAUUUACCCAAACGGUAUGCGAGUAGACUCAAGCAACUUCAAUCCUCUUGAUUUAUGGAACUGUGGUUGUCAAAUAGUUUCUGUAAAUUACCAAACGCCGGGCUUGAUGAUGGAUCUCUAUAAUGGCUGGUUCCAAAAGAAUGGUGGUUGUGGCUAUGUGUUAAAGCCAGCUGUUAUGAGAGAAGAAAUCUCUUACUUCAGUGCCAACACUAAAGAUGUUUUACCUGAUGUUUCUCCUCAGUCGCUCCAUAUUAGGAUCAUAAGUGGUCAAAACCUUCCGAAGCCUCAAGGUUCUGGUGCCAAGGGAGACAUUACCGAUCCAUAUGUUACUAUUGAAAUAUUUGGUAUACCAGCAGACUGUGCUGAAGAGAAAACCAAGACAAUUAAUAAUAACGGUUAUAACCCUAUUUUUGAUGAAAGUUUUGAAUUCCAAAUUAAUCUACCUGAACUUGCACUAAUUCGGUUUGCUGUGUUAGACGAUGACUAUAUCGGAGAUGAGUUUAUUGGUCAAUGUACGAUACCAUUUGAAUGUAUGGAGACUGGUUACCGCCAUAUUCGGCUUCUGUCUUUUACCGGUGAUGAAUUACCUGGAAGUACGUUGUUUGUUCAUAUUGCAAUCACAAACAGACGAGGUGGUGGGAAAGGGAGCAAGCGUGGCCUCAAAUCAAGUCGAACCCAUAAACAGGAGUCGAUAUCAGUGAAGAAUACAGGGAUCAAGUGUAUAGAUGAGACUUUCAAGAGUGCUGUGGGUCCCUUGAAAGAAGGACUUGAGCUAAGAGAUAGUGUCCACAAUGCCCUGAUGUCUUUCAAAGACAUCUGUGGUUUACAACCAAUUGCUAACAUUAAGCAAGGUGUUCGCCUUCUGGCAUCGCGUGUCAUCAACACCAGUGGGGACCAGUUUAGUAUGUUUCUUAAAGGAAUGUACCCCCAUCUGGAGUACCGAGGGUCACAGUUUAUGUUGCCAGAUUUAGUGAAAAAAGCUAUGAUCUCUUUUAAUGAAUUGGUGGCUAACUGUAAGACCUUGAUCGAAAAUGCUGAUGGAAUUAUCUUAAAGUUGAACAAUUGCCAGUCAAUGGGUCUGCAGUGGCAUGAUGAGUUGGAGAGUUUAUGUUCACAGUCUGGACUAAAAGGAAAGAAAAUCACCAAGGCAAUUGAACAUUUCGCCUGGAAUGUACGAAUGUUACGUGGACAGUCAGAUCUACUCCAGCAAGCAAAAAAGGAUUGCUCGGAAGAUGUUCGACAGAUCAAGGAAGCUGGAAUAUUGAUGGGUCUUCUCAAAGAUACUGGUUCCUCAGUAUGAUGUUUAUGAAACCUGGACCUUUUUAGGUUUUUUUGGGGGUUUUUUUUCAUUGAUGACCAAAACUCUGAAUGAAAAAUUUUCCAUCCACUUGGUUUUCUGUUGACUGAUGCAAAACCAGGAAAUCAUGUCACUCUGAAAGAAAAAAAUGAAACUACUCUGGUCUUGACUAUGUUCCUUGCCAGUUGUCUGAAAGUUCAGUUUUCCUCUCUUCAUGUCUGCAAUAUUUGCAGCAUUAAAAUAAUAAUAAUAAUAAUAAUAAUAAUAAUGAUGAUAAAAUAAAAUAAAAAAUACCCAACUCCCAUAAAAACCCCUACCUUUUGUUAAUUAGAAAAAACAAAGUGUAAAAAUAAUGUUCCAAGCAGUUUUAAAAAAAAAGCUUUUUUAGUCUUUUUAAGACACAUGGAAUACAUAUUUAUAUGCAAAUGUCUAUAAUAUAUUUCUACAGACAUAUCUGCAAUAAAUACUUGUAGAAAGGUUAGAAGUGUAUAUAUAUAUAUAUAUAUAUAUAUAUAUAUAUAUAUAGAAAACAAUGCAGGCUGGAUAUAUAUAUAUAAAAACAGUGCAGACUGGAUAGUAAUAUAUUUCUAUAGUUGCAUUUAUAUAGAUAUAUUUGGCAAUUUAUAUAUCUAUACUCAUAACUGACAUAUUUCUAUAGUCAAGUUUAUCAUAUAUUUAUAUAGACACGUGGAAUAUAUUUAUAUAGACAGUUGGAUAAUAUUUUCAUAAGGACAGGCCUACAGUAUAUUUAUAUAGAGAGCUGGAUAAUAUAUUUAUAUACACACAGUUCUACAAUAUAUUUAUAUAGAGCACUGAAGAAUAACAUUCAUAUAGAUAGGCAUACAAUAUAUUUAUAUAGACAGCUGGAUGAUAUUUUCAUAUAGAUAGGCCUCUAAUAUAUUUAUAUAAUAUAAACAGUUGGAUAAUAUAUAUAUAUAUAUAUAUAUAUAUAUAUAUAUAUAUAUAUAUAUAUAGAUAUAGAUAGGCCUAUUAAAUAUAUCUAUAUCACUGGGUUAUAUAUCUUAUAGAAAGGUGGCAAUAUUUUGUAAAGACAGAUCUACAAUAUGUGUGUGUGUGUAUAGUGGAACCUUGGAAGUGGUAAAUAUCCAAGAGAGGUGUAUACUGCAGGCUACUCUUCAGGCCAAGGGUAUCUUGAUUAAAUGAAGUAUACUUUGUCAUUAGGAGGCCCAUGUUAACACACUGAUUGAAUUCCUCCAUGUGUUAACAUGGACUUGCUAACAAGGUAAACUUCAUUUAAUCAAGAUACUCUUGGCCUGAAGAGUAGCCUGUGGUAUACACCUCACCUGGAUAUUUACCACUACCAAGGUUCCGUUCACUAUAUACAGUGUGUCCAAAAAGUUUCACCCGAUACUUAUUUUGAAAUCUAUUGUAGGUUUUUCAGUUAAUUUUAUUGUAUAGAACAAUGAUGAAUAAUAAUUACGAAUGAAACGAUGUACAAUGCAAUAAAAACUGAGCGAGACUUUCUAGACACCCUGUAUAUAUAUAUAUAUAUGGGCAGGUUGAUAAUAUAAAUAUAUUAUCAACCUGCCCAUGAUGAUAUAUACUGGAUGAUAUAUUUAUAUAGCCAAGCCUACUAUAUAUAUAUAUAUAUGCCUUCAUGAUGACAGCAAACAUUUUUUAUUGUUGUUGAAAUGUCUGAAACUAAAAGCAACUGAAAGAUAUUCAGAGAGAAAGAGAGGGAGGGUUAAAGAACAUUUAAAGUUUAAGAGACAACGGGAGGAAAACAAGGUUUUCUAAACAAAGUAGAAUAAUACAAAACAUGAAGUGAACAUAUUUCAACAGGUUUGUUCCCUUAUAUUUUCGAAAUAUUAUAUAUAUAUAUAUAUAUAUAUAUAUAUAUAUGAAUUAUUUUCAGAAGAUAAUUAAUUUCUUUAUACAGCCCUGUCCAUCUUGAGUCAUUAAGGAAACCUAAUUAAUUUGUCCACCCCCACUCUCACCCAAGCUUAUACCCCACCAUUCAUUAUCAGAUAACCCUGUUUGUUUUCCUAUCUGUCUCCCUCCUUUCCCCCUCUCUCUGUCCACCUACCCCUCAGUCUAUUGCUCCCCUUUCUUCCCUCUAAUCUCCCCAGUUCAUCUUGAAUAUUUUCCUCACUUCCCUCUCAGACUUACUUUCCCUGUGAUGCUGCCACUAAAUAGUAACCGAAAAGAAUGAAAGAAAACCAAAACAAAAAUAGCCAACACAUUACCGAAAGAAAGACCCUCCUUUUGAAUAAAGCACCCUGAUCCAACCCAUAUUAAAUCCAGUUUCUGUAAAAUAUCUAAAUUUAUUGGAGCUAUAAGAAAGAAAAAAAAUAAGCAGCAUUACAGUUUUAUAUAUAUAUAUAUAUAUAUAUCAGGGUUUUAAUGAAAGCCUGUUGAUACACCCCUCCUUCCCUUACUUCUCUCUGCCUCUAUUUUGAAAAUAUUCAGUUAUACAACACAUACUACACAUUCAUACAUACAACUAAAAGCAAAAAAAAAAAGAAAAAUAAUAUAUGUAUCACAUAUUUGUAAAAUAUGUAUGUCAUCAUCAUCAUUGUCAUUGUUUUAUGUCUACUUUUCCGAGCUGGUAGGGGUUGGAUGGAUUUGCUGAGUUGGAUGCUCUUCUUAUCACCAACCUUUCUAGCACGUAAGAUGCAGUGUAUCUUUUCUAAAACCAGCGCACGUGCACACACACACACACACACAUCUUCAAGCAGCUGUUGUGCCAUGCCUGGAAUCUCUGUCAUUCAUCAGCUUCAGUAGAUCCUCAAUUCCAUGGUGUGUGUUGAGAGAUCAUCAGUGUAGUUGAGUAGUCUUCAUCUUCUGUUAGAGUUUCAAAGCCUCCAAAAUAUAACAUCUGAUAUGGUCUGUUGUUCAGCAUGGUAGCAGCAGGUGACAUCCUACUCUGCAUUCAGCAACAAUAGUAGAGAUGGGCAGAAAUGCAUCCAUAGAUUUUUCUAUUUGGGAUUGUUCGUGAGAAGCCUGGUGUGUGUACCAUCAAAGCUACCUUGAAAUUCUUCGUUGUCCAUGUUUUGAUUCCAUUGACAAAGAUGCUUUGUGUGUAUCUAUCACUGUAUCAAGCAGGCAUUGUGAUCAGUGGUGUAUAACAACAUCCAAUGUGUUUCUUUGCAUUGUUGUAGCUUUUGAAUGAGGCCACUCUAGUGGCUAGCCUGGCAGGCCUAUGGCAUAUAAGGAACCCAGAUCACAGAAUUCCCCCUAAACAAGAGACCAGUCCAUCACAGGACCACAGGAUAACACAUUUACAGCUGCAGCAAUGUGAAAUGAAGUGUUUUGCUGAAGAACACAACACAACACACUGCCAGUCAGGGAAUUGGACAUAUAUACACAUAUAUAGAGUGUGUGUGUGUGUGUGAGCAUUCUUCACAAACACAUUAUAUAUUCUUUUAUUCCUUUAUUCUUUUACUUGUUUCAGUCAUUUGACUGAGGCCAUGCUGGAGCACUGCCUUAAAGGGUGUUAUUCGAAGAAAUCGAUCCCAUGACUUAAUCUUUGUAAGCCUAGUACUUAUUCUAUUGGUCUCUUUUGCCAAAUUGCUAAGUUACAUGGGACAUAAACACACCAGCCUCAGAUAGUGGGGGGACAAACACAUACACACAAACAUAUGUAUAUAUAUAUAUAUAUAUAUAUAUAUGUAUGACAGGCUUCUUCCAGCUUCCAUCUACCAAAUCCAUUCAUAAGGCUUUGGUUGGCCUGAGGCUAUAGUAAAAAACACUUGCCCAAGGUGCCACGCAGUGGGACUGAACCUGGAACCAUGUGGUUGGGAGGCAAGCUUCUUACCACACAGCCAUGCCUACACCUAUAUAUAUCUAUAUAUAAAUACACACACACAUACAUGUUUUUAUGUAUGUAUGCUUCAGUAUACAUGUGUCAACUUAUCUAAAAAGAAAAAAGAAAGUUAUUUUCCUCUAAGGAAUUUGAAAUUAAUUAGUUUGAGGUAUGAUAAAAAAAUGUCUAUGUGAAUAAAAUAAAACAAUGGAAGAAUCUCAUAUAAUAUAUAUCACACAUAGCAAAUAAUGUGUAUAUAUAUAUAUAUAUAUAUAUAUAUAUAUAUAUAAAGAAUACAGGAAACGUAACUGAUACCUUAUGUUUUAUAUAAUGUGCAUGUAUUUCAAGAAGCUGAUUACUGUUAUUACAUAAGCUGGGUGGCCCUGUUACACAAAACAGUUGGCUCAAUUCCUUAGCAUUGUCAGCAAAAAUACAUGAAGAAAAUUGCAAGCCCUUAUAUACGCUGUAUGCAAAUUUCUGCCAUGCACACACCUUUAUGGUAACAGGUCAUGCUUUCCAGCACAUGUUUUUAUAUAUUAUUGUGCUUUAAUUGAAGAAUCAAUCAAUAUAUUUAAGUCUCAUAUAUUUUUCAAGGAAAACAACUUGAUAGUGAAUAACUAUAAAAUUGCUGUGUGCCAGCUCUGAAAGCUUUGAAACUGCUGGCAACCUUUUCCUUAUAAUAAGAAAAAAGCCAAAAUUCUAUACAUAAACACACAUAUUUGCUUGCAGGCCUUGUGCAUCGACAGGCGAAACUCAGAAUGGCAAGAGACUUACACAACCAUAAUAAUAAUAUAUGAUAACAAUAAUUCUAGGAUGGAAUUUAUAAAUAUUUAAUACAUAGCUAUACACGUUUCCAUAGACAUUAAACAAUGAUGAUGAUGAUAUAUACACACACACACACAUACAUGUAUACACAUACAUCCUCUAUAAUAUUGGAAAAACACAUAAAAUGGUGGUGAUGAUGAUGCAUGCAUUUAUACAUACAUACUCUCACAUGUAUAUUGAUAGACAGGCACACACACACGUGUGUGUGUGUGUAUGUUGAUAGAUAGAUGCAUACAUGUAUACAUGAGUAUGAGGUUAUGCUAAAUAUUUCAUUGUUGAAAUGAGAAGAGAAGUGAUGUUGUAUGUAAAUAGCCAGUCAUUGUACAAAAUAUAAAAUAAAGCUCAUAUUUUCUUUCUUCCUGUAA